GAUUGACUGAUUGAUUAAUUGAUUGUCCGCCCCGUGCUCUCGCGGUUUUACCUUGGAGGAUUCUAUGAGGAACUUUCAGGGAAAUGAAAUUAUUGUUCAAAAGCCAAAAUGACACAAGGAGGGGAGGAUUAGUCAUAGAAAUGUGUCCAAUGCUGCUGAGGAGGCUGGUCUUAUCAGACAAAUCAUGACUAGAUGAGAGGACAGAGGAGACAUGGAGGGAACUGCACCAGAAAAGGGCAACAGCACACUCAGCUGAAAUAGUCAGUCAUAUUCAUAUACAGUUCUUAGGUUAAAGUUAGUUUCCAGUUGAAUUGGUCUCUAAUGUUUCCAGUGAAGUGACAUCAUGGCGACUGCACCACCAGUGUCUGAGCUGAGGGUUAUUCUGCUCGGGAACAGCUGGUCUGAGAGGAGUUCAGUGGGGAACUUGAUACUGGGAGAGACUGUGUUCAACACUGAGGAAGAACCAGUCUUUCUGAGAGUCAGUGGACAAAUUGAAGAGAAACAAAUAGUUGUCAUCAACACUCCUGAUCUGUUGCUUCCAAACAUCUCUGAAGACAGACUAAGAAAACAUGUAGAAAACUGUGUGAAACACUCUGAUCCUGGCCCUCAUGUGUUCCUGCUGGUUCUACAGCCUGAAGACUUCACUGAGAAACACAAACUGAGACUCUGCAGAGUCCUGAAACUCUUCAGUGAUCGGUCAUUUGAUCAUUCACUGGUGCGGAUAUCACCACCCAGAGAGGAGAGUUCAGGUUUCAUGUCAAAAUAUGCACAAAAUCUACCCUUAAAAGACAUGAUCAGCAAAUGUAGAUCCAGAUACAUGAGGCAGAAGAGCCUUGAACUUUCAGAGCUGUUAACGUACUUGGAUCAAAUUGUAAGUAACAAUGGAGGACAUUUGAGGUGUGAUUCAUUUAAAGACGCAAAGUUUGCUUUGCAUGGUGAUCAUCGUCUAAAAAAACAGGAAACGUCCAUUGCUGACUUGAACGCUGUAAAACCUCCUGGGCGGAAAUCUUUGGUGGAAACUGUAACCAGCUGGUUCACACCAAACACAUCACACAACCCAUCAGCAGUGGAAAGCACAAUGAACCAAACAUCUGGACUCAGGAUUGUGAUGUUGGGGAAUAGUGAAGAUUCAAAGACAACACUCGGCAACUUCAUCCUUGGUAGCCAAGACUUUGAUUUCCAGAAACAUACCCCACUUAAACAUGGUGUGGCCAUCUCUGGAGAUUGGAAUGGACAUUUGCUAACAGUAGUGAAAACUCCAGACAUCUUCAGCCUGCAUGCAGAAGCAGUCAGAGAAGAGAUGAAAAGGACUAUCAGUCUUUGCCUCCCUGGACCAAAUGUCCUGCUGCUGUUAGUAAAUCCUUCUGAGUUCACUGAGGAGAACAGACAAACACUGGAGUUCAUCCUGAGUAUGUUUAGUCAAGAUGCCUUUCAACACUCAGUGGUCGUUACGACACAUGAGGGGAAUGAAACAAGUUUCACUGUGAACCAACUCCUUAAAGGCUGUGACGACAGACACUGCAGCAUGUUAACAAUUGACCGCACAUUGUUAAUGGAGAAGAUUGAGAGCAUUGUGCAUGAAAACAAAGGAACCUUCCUCACCUUCACUGAAGACACCAUCAGACCAACAUCUGGACACAUCAGACCAGCUUUAAACCUGGUUCUGUGUGGGAGGAGAGGAGCAGGGAAGACUUCAGCAGCCAAGGCUAUUUUAGGUCAGACAGAGCUUCAUUCAGUCUCCAACUCAUCAGAGUGUGUUAAACAUCAGGGAGAGGUGUGUGGACGUCGGGUUUCCCUGGUGGAGCUGCCUGCCUUGUAUGGAGAAGGUCAGGAGGCAGUGAUGGAGGAAUCAUUCAGGUGUAUCUCCCUCUGUGAUCCUGAGGGCGUCCAUGCCUUCAUCCUGGUCCUCUCUGUGGGUCCCCUCACUGAUGAAGACAAGGGAGAGUUACAGACCAUCCAGAACACUUUCAGCUCUCGAGUCAAUGACUUCACCAUGAUUCUGUUCACUGUGGAGUCAGAUCCUAAAACUCCAGCUGUUGUUCAUUUUCCAAAGGAAAACAGGGACAUCCAGGAGCUCCGUCAGAACUAUGGAAGAAGAUGUGUUGUUCUCAACAUCAAGGACCAGCAGCAGAUUGCAGAGAUGUUGGAUGGUGUGGACAUACCAUACGGCUAUACAACAGAAACAUUUGCACAUGCCCAAAUAGAAAAAAUCAUACAACAAGAGAAACGUAUCAACAUGCAACAAGCUGAACUUCAGACGCUGAAAAAUAGCAACAUCACACGUGAUGAUGAGAAGCAGAGCCCAGAAUGUCUCAGGAUUGUGCUGAUAGGGAAGACCGGCUGUGGAAAGAGCUCUACAGGAAACACCAUUCUAGGAAGAAAGGAGUUUAAAGCUGAAACAAGCCAAACAUCAGUGACCAAACAUUGUCAGAAAGCAGAGACUGUAGUGAACGGUCGUACUGUCGCUGUGGUCGACACUCCUGGUCUGUUCGACACAACUUUGUCCCAUGAAGAGGUUAAUGAGGAGAUGGUGAAAUGCAUCAGUCUUCUGGCUCCAGGACCUCAUGUCUUCCUGGUGGUGUUACAAAUUGGCAGAUUUACACCAGAGGAAAAGGAGACAAUGCAACGUAUCGAGAAAGGCUUUGGCAAGAAUGCUAAAAAGUUCACCAUCAUUCUUUUAACUGGAGGAGAUUCACUGGAACAUGACAAUGUGUCCAUUGAUGAGUACAUUUCAAAAGGAUGUGAUUCCUUUGAGAAACUGAUCACUGACUGUGGAGGAAGAUACCAUGUGUUCAAUAACUAUGAGGAACAAAACCGGACACAAGUCAGUGAGCUGAUAACCAAGAUUGACACCAUGGUGAAGGAAAAUGGAGGCAGCUGCUACAGCAAUGAGAUGCUGCAAGAGGCUGAGGCAGCUAUACAGAAAGAAGUGGAGAAGAUCCUGAAGGAGAAAGAAGAAGAGAUGCAGAGAGAGAGGGAGGUACUGGGAAGAAAAUAUGAAGAAGAAAUGGAAGCAAUGAAAACAAGAAUGGAAGAACAGAGAGCAGAAAUUGAACAGGAGAGAAAACUGAGAGAAAAACAACGUGAGGAAUACAUCAACAAGGAGCUUGAAGAAAGAAAGAAAGAACAAGGAAGGAGAGAUGAAGAAGACCAGGUGAAGAAAAUACAGGAAGGAUUACAGCGACAGGACUGGGAAAGAAAACUUAAAGUUAUGGAGGAAAACAUAAAACAAGAAUUCAAAUCAAAGGAAACCAUUGACAGAAAGCUGAGGCAGAAAACAGAAGAGAUGAAGGAAAAACAAGAGGCUUGGGAAAAGGAACGGAAAGAGUGGUGGGAGAAAAGAGAUCAGGAAUAUAAGCAGAGGCAACAGGAAGAACAUGCAAUAAUUGAGCAGGAAAAAGAAAAAUAUGAAAACAACAGAAAAGAAGAGGAUAGAAUCAGACGAGAACAGGAGGAAAAAGAGCGAAAGGAACUGCAGGAAAACUAUGAGAAUAGGCUGGUGCAUAUGAAGGAGGAAUAUGAAGAGGAAGCCAGAAAGAAAGCGGAGGAAUUCAAUAAAUUCGGAGAGAAGUGCAUGAAGGAGUUGAAAGAGCGCGAGGAACAAAUGAAAGCCAAAGAUGAACAAUACGACAUCUUACAGGCCCUUUCAGCUCAGAGUGAAGAACAAAUGAAGAAAAAACAUCAAGGAGAACUCAAUAACUUAGUGAGGUGUUUCACCAAAAAAAGAGAAAAUGUUAAAAGAAUCCGUAACUUGCUGAAAAAACAAGAUCAAGACAUGAGGGUGGUGAGAAAUCUGAAGGAUAAGGAAAACCUGCAGAAAACACAUGAAAACCAAAUAAGUGACUUGAUACAGGAACUUUUGAAAGGAAUAGAUGAACCACAUUGGUGUCCCAUCUUAUAAGGCAUUUUAUUUUGUAGCCAUGCUAGUGGCUUGGCUCUAGGGAUCUGUCCAUCUGCCAUCUGUCCAGACUGAAACAUGUCAACAACUUUUGGGUAGAUUGCUAAUAAAUGAUGACGUUUUGGUUUCACAUGGGACACUAACAGCAGUCUGUUUGUAUAACCAAUCCAUCCACCCCGGACUUCUGGUUAGAAUAGAAUUUGUGAAUGUCAAAAACGAAUGUAAUCCAACAUGUAAUUGAGAAUGCAUUUUAGCUGUAUGGGAAUGUCAUUUUUAGGGGACACGGCUUGACUUUGGUGAGCCGCUAACAUUUGAUCUAUAGCGCCAUCAUCAGCUCACCAUUUGAAUGUGUCCAAUAAUUUGGUUUGUGAACACAGCCUAUUUUCUCCUUUAGUCAGUGAACUAUGGUAUAAUGUGUGAUAUCAGACUCCCAGGUGCCUCAAUAUAUGAACAUAAUUGGACGAUGGAGGUAAAGGUUUGCUUCCUUGAUUAUUUAUCAGAACGUUUGUUUAGAUUUUUUUUUGGGGGGGGAUUUACUCAAUAUCUUCUUAUAAAGCUUAUCAAGUCAAUAUGCAAUCAAACUGGCUGUAAAUAUAUAAUACAGUUUACAAUGUUCUAAGAUGGAGAACAUUAAACAGGCACAUAUGAGUGAGAGUGGGCACCGACUAUAGACACUUCAAAGCCUGGUUAAAAACUUGUAGCAAAUGUGCAGUUAAUGAUGGAAAUAAUGCUUACAAUAAACUGUUUUUAUUAAUCACUCUCCAACUCUCCAUUAAUGUUCGAAAGCAGAGAAGCCCUGGUAAAUCAGUCUUAUAACUUAAUAUGAGUAAUUAUUGCAGUAUGUGUUGUCCACAGCAGCUUUAUACUGUAUGAAAAACUGUUUGAGUUCAUUGAAUCCCUGCAGCCAUCUGAUGGCAGCAUGACAUGUAUGUAUAAACCCAUAGAAAUAAAAUGGUUAUACAUCUGCAGCCUCUUCAGAACUCAGUGACAUUAAAGCGGUAGUUUGGAUCUUUUGAAGAGGUUUUAUGAGGUACUUCUCCAUAGUCAGUAGAUGGCGGUCGGCAUGCCCGCGGUUUGGAGAAGCCAACAGGAAUAAUGAUGUGUUGCCUUCUUCUGCAAUGUUUAGUUGGGAGUAAUAACCUAUUCUGCAAUUUCUUUUCUUUUUUCCAAAUUGUUGUGUAGCCUACUUAUUUACAGAUAACAACUCAGUAUAAAAAAUACUUCAACAGCUGGGGGCUAUGAUUGAUCAUUAGAAUGACUCUUUCAUUUUUAAAGAAGAUAUUUUGUACAUAUUUUAUUUUAUUUCUUUACAUUUUUUCAUAUUUUAUUGUCAAUGUUCUAUUCUUCUGGACUUUUAAAAUACUUGCUUUUUAUCUUUUUCAUUUUCUCUUACUAUGUUUAUUGUUAUGCAUAAAAUACCAUGAUGAUAUAAUGCAUGUGGAACUUGGUAAUAAGCUUGAUUUUGAUAUUAAACAAACAUGAAUAUAAUUUAAACUGC